UCACGUUCGAAUUACUUUUUCGCUCAUCACUUUUUCGUGCUUCUUGUUUCGGCACAACAAAGCGCUCUCGACUGUGGUAGCAGCGAAGAAAAACACGUUUAUUUCCCUGCCUGCAAGGGAUCACGGCAAGUGUCCACCCCGUGCGUCAGCCUACUUACACAUAAAGUGAAGACAUCACCAGGUCGCGGCUUUCAGCGUAGUUCAUUUUUGCUUAGCGGCACAAGGAAUUGUCUUUCUGAUUUGCUUAUCUUCUCUCCAAGAAUGCAGCGGCUCUGCAUAACUGGUGCUCGAUUUGUCCGGCCUCGGCCGGAGAAAAUAGUUGCGAUGGGUGGAAAACCAGCAGUGACCAUGAGAAGUGCAUCGUCCAGCACACCAAGGAAUCGAGCUCUUUGUCGCCGGUUUGCGUCUACAACUACCGCAGCCCCUGCCACUAGCGAGACGGCCGGACACGACAUGGCGGGCUCUCAGCAAAGCAGAAGCUCCACCUCCAGCAGCUCGACCUCCCAGCACCGCCCCCGUCCGAAGAUUCGCAAGGGUCACGUAAAGCCGCCCCUUCCAGUUCCGGACACCAUCGUGCGCCCCUUCUACGCCACGAAUGCCGCGCAGGGCUACGCACCACAACCUUUAUCUGGCGCGCAGUUGUUCGGCGAGCGGAAAACGGCGGACGAGGUUCGACGAAUGCGCGUGGCGGCGGAGGUGGCCAGCAGCGCCCUGGUGGCGCUGCGGGAGCACCUGCACUCGCCGGAAAUGCUAGAGCUGGCGCGGGACGGCAAGCUUACCACUUCGCGGAUCGACGAAUUUGUGCAGAGCCAUUUGAUGGCGCGGUCCGCCUACCCGGUGGGGAUUCGGUUCCACGGGUUUCCGCGGGGCUGCUGCACCAGCGUCAACGAGGUGGUGGUGCACGGCGUGCCCGACGACGAGCCGCUGCAGCUCGGCGACAUCGUGAACGUGGACGUGUCCUGCUUCGUCGACGGCAUGUACGGGGACACCAGCAAAAUGUUCGCGGUUGGCGGCCCGUCGCGCGCCAGCCCCGAAGCGCGGGCGCUGUGCCGCGCGACCCGAGACGCCUUGUAUCGCGCGGUUGAGGCUUGCAAGCCGGGGGUUCGCGUGGACGUGAUUGGGAAAGUGAUCACCGAGGUGGCAAAAGCGAAGAAGUACGGCGUAGUCCGGGAGUUUACCGGGCACUUCAUUGGAAAGGAACUGCACAUGCCACCCUUCGUGUUGCACGUCCCCAAUGACCAAACCUUAACCCUGCAGCCAGGUAUGACUUUCACCAUCGAGCCGAUCCUCACCGCGGGCGGCUCCGGCGACAUCGAGGGUCCGUGGGAGGAUGGGUGGACGUUUGUGACGAAGGACGGCAGUUUGUCCGCGCAGAUGGAACACACCGCGUUGAUCACGGAAACCGGGCAUGAAAUCCUGACAGAAUCAGCACUGGACACCGAUCCGGCGUUUGUAGAUUCUGGUGGACUGUUCUGAAUAGGCGACAAAUUGUCGCGACGGAAUGUUGCGGAUCGAUUGCACUGCAGAAUCGUGGCAGACAUGAUUGUCAGAAAAGACAUAAGCUUUAUGAAUAUAGUCGGAGUAUUUUUCCACCGAAAAGGACAAGAAAUCAAUGAAGCAGCGACUUUUUUUUAUCCGACCCAGAUUCCUGGGUCGGAGCAACUGCGGCGACGGCGUUCGAGCGAAGCAUGUUCGGUCUAAACGACUUGCGUCUAAAAA